AUGCAGCUCUCCACUCUGUUUCUGAGCCUUGUGCUCCCCCUCCUCGCCGCCGCCGGCCCCAUCACCGUCGAAUCCGGGCCCGAGGCCUCUUCAUCCCUGGUUAUCCGCAACCUGGCCACGGGAGAGCCGGAGUCCUUCAAAAACGCCACGCUCCUCGGCGUCGACAUCUUCGGGCCCAUGCCGGACGACUACGAGGUGGUGGGCGAGGGGCUGAACAAGGCCGAGCCCGGGUCCAAGUCGUGGGCGUGGCUGCGGGCGCAGAUUGACAUGUCACCCGAGGACGUGCCGGCGCACCGCCGGGCCGAGGUCGAGAAGCGCCAGUCGGGCAGGAGCGUCACCGUCAACGCCUACACGGGCUACGACUGCUUCGGCACAAACUUCUUCUCGAACCCCACCAGCUACAACGUCCACUACUACCACAGCGUCUUGAGGUUCACCAGCUUCGGCAUCGGUGGCCGCAACCUCGGCAGCCGGGAGCAGCUCGACUUUAGCAACUUUCAAGGCAACGACGCUUGUGGCCUGUGGAUCGCAACGCGGACCUUUUCCCCAGUUGGCUGUAAUGGCCAGGUUGGCCGCUCAAUUUUCGCCCUCCGGGCGCCGGUCGUCAUGGCCUCACCAGAGGUCUCAAACCGCCGCGCGCGCCCGCAGAGCACGCCGCAGGCUUUGCCGCAGGGCCAGGCCGAGUCAGGACACGUAUCUCUCGACACGCGCACCGCUAACGCGCCUGAGCCGGCUGGCCGCGGAAGGUACUCCAGCCUCCCGGCCCUGGCCAUCAAAACACUGCAGCAGGAGUUGGAAAACGUGGAAACAGUCGGCAGCUGGCUCGAAGAGGUCUUUGCAGCCAAGCUCGAAAGUUUACAGGCCCCGGAGGACGCCGCGCUUAGGAGAAUUGUUCUUGAACUUGACGACGUGAUCAGCGGCUGGUUCCUCAGUCGCACCCUCCCUGAAAAAGAGCGUUCGCGCUCCCCGUCGCGUUCGCCGACCAGUUCCAGCGAAAGGCGCAGCAUUUUAAUUACGAGGACGGGCACGGCGUCGUCGGCCUCUAAAGGCAGAGGCACGCCCACUAACAAAUCGGUCACAUGGGCCGAGCGAGCCGCCACGCCACCAGCGGCGGCCCCAACGCGAAUUUUAACCCCGGCCACGCGCUCGUACCCGAUACGUACGACGCCCGGCAAUGCACCUGACAGCUCCGCAACUCCCUCCCAAUCGGGCCGGGACCGCUCCCAAGCCCCGAAACGUUUGACAGAACAGCCGUCCAACCGCAUCCUGAUCCGCGUAAAUGACAAAUUGCGGAUGGUGACGAGGGAGCCAUACGCGGUAACGACCAAAUUGGCCGAGUUGGUCUCGGUGCCACACAGUGAAAUCCCAAACGCCAAGCGUACCCCCACGGGCUGGGGUGUUACGGUGGCCUCUGAGGAAACACGGCAAAAACUCCUCAACCCCAGCGCGGUCAAGGCCAUUAUGGACGCAUUGGACGCGCGGGAAGUCACUGUCCCGACAACCUGGCACACAUACGCCGUUUCUGAAGUGCCCCGAACGCUCAAUUGCCUGGACGGAAGAAAGGACGUACAUGAGGUAAUCCAGGAGGAGAUUACCGUGGCAGCAGGCCAGCAGCCAGUCAACUGGCAUAUUUCCAAACAUGGUUACGACCCACAUACGGCUGAGGGCACGUGGAUAGUGUCUUUCCUUUAACCCGUAAAGCCCUUU